AUGUUCGCCAACCGCAAGUUCUCCAUCAACCGCCACACCGGCGUCCCCAAGCCCGUCGCCGGUGCUCACGGCGCCCGGAGGUUCAGCGUUGGAGAGCCCUCCCAAAGCGAAACGCAGUCGCGCACCCAUAGGCAGUUUCGCCAGGAUGGCCACAUGCCCCAUGCCGGUCUCGAUGCGAGCCGCGCCUCGACCGGCGUCGUCUGGUGCACCGAGCGCGCCUCUGAGUAUGGCUAUCUCGAGGAGCCCGAAGAGUGGGCCAACCUCGGUCAGGGCGCUCCCGAGGUCGAGGACGACAUUACCGGCUGCUUCGAGCGGCCCCAAAUGAUCGACAUCUCCGUCGCUGGCCGUGAAUAUGGCCCCACCGCCGGCAUCCGGCCCUUGCGUGAGGCCGUCGCCAACCUCUACAAUGACAUGCACCGCAAGGGCAAGGAGAGCCAAUACACCUGGGAGAACGUUGCCAUCGUCCCUGGCGGUCGCGCUGGCCUCAUCCGUAUCGCCGCUGUUCUAGGAUCUUCGUAUCUCUCCUUCUUCCUGCCUGACUACACUGCCUACAACGAGAUGUUGUCCCUCUUCAAGAACUUUGCCGCCAUCCCUGUGCCCCUGUCCGAGGAAGACGGUUACCACAUCCACCCCAAUAAGAUUGCUGAGGAGAUUGCUCGCGGCUCCUCUGUCAUUCUGACCUCGAACCCCCGGAAUCCCACUGGUCGUGUCGUCUGCAAUCCCGAGCUUGCCGAGAUUCAGCACCUCUGCCGUGGCCGCGCCACCUUCAUCAGUGAUGAGUUUUACUCUGGUUACAAUUACACCAGUGACUGUGACGGCUCCACGAUCUCUGCUGCCGAGAAUGUCGAGGAUGUCGACGAGGAUGAUGUCCUCAUCAUCGACGGCCUGACGAAGCGCUUCCGUCUGCCCGGCUGGCGUAUCGCGUGGAUCCUUGGACCCAAGGAGUACAUCAAGGCCAUCGGAUCUUGUGGUAGCUACCUCGAUGGAGGUGCUAACCACCCCUUCCAGGAGGCUGCGAUUCCCAUGCUCGAGCCUGAGCUUGUUAAGAGGGAGAUGAUCCAUCUCCAAACGCACUUCCGAGAUAAGCGUGAUUAUGUCGUGAAGCGUCUCCGCGAGAUGGGCUUUAUCAUCAAAUACGUGCCCGACUCGACCUUUUACCUGUGGCUCAACCUCGAGGGUCUGCCCCGACCCAUCGCCGAUGGCCUAAACUUCUUCCAGGCUUGCCUCGAGGAGAAGGUUAUUGUCGUGCCCGGCAUCUUCUUCGACCUCAACCCUUCCAUGCGCCGUGACCUGUUUGACAGCUCGUGCCACCACUUUGUUCGCUUCUCGUACGGACCCAAGAUGGACGUGCUGCGCAAGGGAUGCGACGGUAUCGAGAGGGUCAUCACCAAGUACCGCACAUCCACAAUGGGUAGCGCGAUCGAGGAGUAG